AUGGCGGUUAUGAAGUUGAAGGACCAAAGUUGUCAACAUGUAAGAUGGGAUGUUUCUUUUAAUCAUUUUACCUGGGAUGCUGCUUCCGGUCCAAAAUACUGCCCAAAAGAUGCAACUAACAUUGUCGAAGAAAUCUAUUCACUUCACAUCAAUUGUGGGGGGAAAGAAGUACGUAUCAACAACAACAAGUUCGACGAUGACAAAGAUGGGAAAAGUGCCUCAUCAUACUACAAUGAUGGAAAUUGGGCGUUUAGCAACACCGGAAAGUACAUUGAUUAUCAGGGGGUUUCUAGUCCUUAUAUGCUUUCCAACAAGUCUAAUCUUCACAAUAUAUCCAUGUACGAUAGCGAAAUAUAUAAAACAGCUCGCGGAUCAGCUAUUUCGCUAACAUAUUAUGGAUUGUGUCUUAUAACAUAUUAUGGAUUGUGUCUUAUGGACGGGAACUAUACUGUCAAACUCCACUUUGCAGAGAUUGUUUUAACCCAAGAUAACUCAUCUAACAUCCUUGGGAAACGUAUAUUCGACGUUUAUGUGCAGUUAGUGUUAAAAGAUUUUGAUAUAGCAAAAGAGGCUGGAGGUGUUGGUAGGGCAGUUAUAAAACGUCAUACAGCUACUGUGAAGAAAAACACCCUCAAGAUACAACUUUACUGGGCUGGAAAAGGCACUACUAGUAUUCCAUACGCAGGAUGUUAUGGCCCGAUUAUAUCAGCUAUAUCAGUUGACCCGGAAUUUGACCCACCAGGAUCUGGAAAAAAACCUAAUGUUGGUUUGAUAGUGGGGGUCGUUGGUGGAGCACUAUUUUUCGUAGGUCUAAUCAUUGGGAUCUUGUGUAAAAAAGGCUACUUUAAGGGGGACAUAUUAGCAGGCAGAGGCGACUCGAUAUACAUUGUUUCUUGUUUAGCAGAGCAUCCAGGGAUGCGACCAGAUACACGAGUCUUUGAACUUGCAGAGAUAAAAGCUGCAACUGGUAACUUUAAUCCAUCGAACAAGCUUGGACAAGGUGGUUUCGGUAGCGUGUAUCAGGGCAAAUCAAAACAAGGAAUAGAAGAAUUUCUAGCCGAAAUUGCCAUGAUUUCCAUGCUAAAUCAUGACAAUCUGGUCAAACUUAUUGGAUUUUGUGCUCACGAGCCGCUGUGUUUGGUUUACGAAUACAUGACAAACAAUAGUCUAUCUCAUGCCCUUUCUGGCGCUAAGGGGAGGCUGAUAUGGCCUGUGAGGGUACAAAUAAUCAACGGUUUAGCUCGAGGCUUGGCUUAUUUACAUGAAGAAUCAAACAUUCAAAUAAUACAUAGAGAUAUCAAGCCUAGCAACGUUUUGCUUGACGAAAAUUUCAAUGCAAAAAUAUCUGAUUUUGGUUUAGCAAAGCGUAACUACAACAGAAAAAGCCACCACACCACAAAUAUUAAGGGAACAUGGGCCUAUAUAGCUCCAGAGUAUGCCAUGCGUGGGUACUUGACUCCUAUGGCAGACGUUUAUAGUUUUGGGAUCGUGGCCCUAGAACUUGUUAGUGGAAAAUCCAUCAUAGAGAGCUUUGGCGAAGAUCCCAAUAUAUCCCUCUUUGAUAUGGCACUUAUUCUAAAAGAACGAAAAGGAAACCUACUAGAUCUGGUUGAUCCAGACCUAGGGAAUGACUACUCUUCUGAAGAAGCAUUGCGUAUUCUAAAUGUGGCCCUCUUAUGCAUAGACCUAUGCUCCGCCCUCAGGCCAACCGUGCCUCAAACCAUUGAAUUGCUAGAGGGUCAAACGGACAUUGUAGUAUUUCAGCGUGAAAGACUUAAUGAUUAUAAGUUGCGAAGUAUUGUCGAGUUUAGGAAACUUAGAAACGCUCUCCAAAUGAGUGAUGGAGCAGGACCAUCUACCGAGACCUUAAUGACGGAGUCCUUAACGACGGAGUCCUUUGCCACAGAAUCCGGUAUCACCGAGUUAACUUAA